AUGGAUAAAAAACAGGAAAAGAAAAAAAAGCGGAAAAAGGAAAAGGAGAAGGAGAAGGAAAAUGGACCCAGUUACUUUUCGGACGCUGUCACGUUCUGCGGCACGGUGGUGCGGGACUCCAUGGUGACUGCAGCAGAGGCGAUACAGAACAACUAUUACCCGAUUAAGGAGUCCAUUCUGAAUAUCUACGACAGUUACUUUUGCGAUAAUUCUCAGCACAACAAUAGGAGGGUGAAUGGCGGGGUCCCUUUCUUCACCGUCAAUCAGGACAGUUCGAAGAGGAAGUAG